AUGGUCAACACAUCGCUCAAAAGAAGACGGACGGAAGAGCUACUGCGGGGAAAAGUCCCGAAGAAGGAGAAGAAGAAGGUCAAGAAGCAAAAGUUCUAUCACAGUUCGAGUGAGGACGAGGGUGGCGCCAGAGAUGCGCCCGCAAGAGGCAGCAGCGAGGAGCCAGAGGAAGAGUUUCAACCGACUGGUGUCAAUGCGACUCUUCCAGGAAAGACGGAACUGUCUAAGCAACAAUUGCGGAAAAAAGCGAAAUUCGAGCAACAGAAGACGGCAGCAGCAGCGCCACUCAACGAAGACCCAGCUUCGGGCGACGAUGAGGCUGCCACCGCAUUGGUCGAACAACCGAAGAAGCCAGAGCCCAAGUUUAAGGCGCAAAUACCCGCCAAGUCUGUGUUGAAGAAGACUGCGCCCGUCGACCAUGAAGCACCCCUCCCAAGCGACGAUGACGAGGAUGCAGAUACCGAAGAUUCUGAGCCCGAAGAUGACGAGUUUGAUAUCAACGACUCGGACUCGGACGCGUCGUCUGUCUCAGAAACCUCGACAGCCGCCGCCCGCAAAGUGAAGAAACGCAACGAUCCCGAAGCCUUUGCCACGUCCAUCUCCAAGAUUCUCAACACGAAGCUCACUACCACAAAACGCUCAGAGCCGAUUCUUGCACGAUCAAAAGACGCGGCGACAGCCAAUCGAGAACUGGCGGACAGCAAGUUGACAGAGAAGGCACGGAGACAGGUUGUGGCAGAGAGGAAAGCGGCGCAGGACAAGGGUCGCGUCAAGGACGUGCUAGGCCUGAAUGACCCCAUAAUCAGCACGGCGACAACGUCGGCAAAGGAGAAGGAACUGAGGCGUACUGCACAAAAGGGUGUUAUCAAACUUUUCAACGCAGUGCGAGCGGCUCAGGUCAAGGGUGAACAAGCAGAGCGCGAAGCCAAGGAGGGAGGCCAUGUGGGCAUGGGCACAAGAGAAACAAUGGUGAAAGAGAUGAGCAAACAAGGAUUCCUGGACAUGAUCACUGGAGGCAAGGCGCAGAAAGAAGGGAGUAUGGAGGCCUGA